CGUUUGAAGCUAAUGGCCUCCGUAUCAUCUUGAUUCAUAAUAUUGGAUCACGUUUCCCCCGGCCUUGGGAUAAUGGGUUUUUGUAGAUCUUUUGAUUGGGACAGUAAGUGAAAUAGUUGAGUGUGCAAAGAGAAGUCAAGGUUACCCUUUGAUGCUCCAUUGCAUUUCAAACAGCAAUAUUUUCUUCUCUUCGUUCGUCGACCCAAGACAAUGCAGCUUUCAGAUGUGCUUACAUGGUCCUUGAGGCUGCACUCUCAGAAGUUCCCUCCCCUGAUGGGUCCCUUUGUAGAGGCUGUGACUCAGCAGUAUUUAUCCAAAUGAGUGGAAAGACUCAGGUAAUCUGCAUUUUUAGAGAUAAUAUUAUCUGAAAUCUGAUACUUCUGUGUCUCAUUAAAUGCCUUCCGAGAAAAAUUUCUCUCCAAGAGUUGAUCAAAGCAUGUUUGAGAACUCCAUUGCCCAGCAGCAGAGUCCUCAGACCUCCAGGCCAGGCCAGCCCUCCGCCCGGCGCUCCCAAGCAUCAGUCAGCUCCAGCCUGGGCUCCAGCUUCAUCGACUCCCCCUCGUCUGGAGGGCAGCAGAGGCUGAAAAAUGCCAUUAACCUGGGCAAAGCCGUGGGGGCAAAGGUCAAUGAUUUAUUAAGAAGGAAAGAGCCCAGCCACCUCGGGGACAUCGGAGUCACUGAGGUCAACAAAAACGUGGGUGCAGUGUGGAGCUGCAUGGACCAGCUGGGCCAGUCCGCUGCCAACAGUCGGAUCUCCUCGUUCGACUCCUUCCCUCGCCUCGACCCGCCGCCUCCGUCGGGUAAGAAGCGCCUCCCUCGAGCCCUGAAGACGACCCAAGACAUGAUGAUCUCCUCCGACCCCGUGGUCUCCUCCCCGGAUGCUGCAGACGCCUCCUCCCUGCCCUCCUCCCCUGAGAAGACGCCUCUCAUUGCUGAGGAGGAGCCGAGGGAUGACGGGGAGGCGGGGGAGGCGGAGGCGGCCGUUACGGAGGUUGCGGCCGACUCGGAAACAGCCGGGACCAACAGAGUGGAGGAGGUGGUGGCAGGUGGAGAGGAGGAGGUGGAGGAUGUGAAGGACGGGAGCGAGGAGGGGGGUCCGGACGAGCGCCGCCUCCAGCUCUCCGUUCCGGAUCUCAUCAACAAAGAUCCUCCUCUGGAGACCCGGGCCAAGCCCUGCGACGUGUGGCAGAAGGCGUCCGGGCCGGACUCCCGGCUGGCCUCCACCCCCUGCUCCGGGAAGACGCCCUGCCGCAUCAGCCUGGGCGAGGAGGUCCUGCUGGGGAAUGGCGCCCCCUGCAGUAAAGCGGUGGGCGCUGAAGACACAGAGCCUCAUCCCGACCUGCUGUCGUUUGAGUAGCGCCAAGAAAACUCCUCUUCGCCGGCAUUCAAGCUUUUUUCUCUUAAAAUCUAUCCCAGCAGCGUACGUGAAGGUAAUUCAACCGAAGGCAGUCUCGACCACAGAUCGGAGUAUCACUCGCCACAAUUCGGCCUGCAGCUCAUAGAUGAGGGGACAUGGGGAGGUUUACCAACUGGUCGCCAACCUACAAGAAACCUGGCCCUCCAGCAGUCAGACGCGACAUUUCAGUGACUAGAACUAGGUAAAUAUUGACUGUCGAGAGAAGGAAAUGGUUGAACCAUCCCUUCUUCAGAAUGCAAUGACAACCAGAUGAUAUAACAAUGAAUGUAAUCCUUAAACAGCCUGAACUCAUAUCUCAUUUAUUUAGUCUAGUGGUGAACCUGGCAGAGACUUUGUACGUUUCUUUUCUAUUUCCUGAAAGUUUUAAAUCAACAGUUGUGAGUAUUUUAAAAUGAUUUUUUUUACAGUAUUAUAAUAUUAUGCUGUUAAAUAUUAUAUACAGUGACUUUUUUUUAAAAAAAAUCUAUUUAAAGGGACAUUUUUGCUACAUGAUAUAAAUCAUAUGAAAGCUGCUGCGACAAAGCCAGUUAGAACCCACAAUCACAGUCACACAGAAACAUGAUUUACACAUUCACCAAAAAAAACUUUUAGAGUCGGAGUCUUUCUUUUCUUUGCAUGGAAAAUUAGUUGAAAACCGAAUGCAGACUCAAGAGGAGAAGAAGAAGGAAGUGAGUGGGAAGGACUGAGUGCAUGUUGGAGAUGGAAAAGUUUGAGGAGGAGUUCACUUUCGGUUGAGUCAGGCUGCAGAGUCUGGAAGCUGUUCGACUCAUAAAAAUGUAUUUUCUUGCUCUUUUCCACUCUGCGGUUCAGUAGGAACUUGGAGCCAUACUACAACACAAACUUGUUUUCAAAAACAGCACAAAAUUUGAAAAGUGCAAGGACAAAGUGAAAUCCUUCCAGGUGACGGAGGUGUGUGAAAUUUAGAUAUUUUCUUUGUCAUGCAUCGGGUGGCAGUGUUGAGUCGCCUGGCUCAGUUUUGGCUCUUUUUCUUUGUUAUGGUAACAGUGGUAGAGAUUAUGUAGACUGAAUGAAGACCAUGUACCGUAGACACAUAGACGAGUAAUGAUAAAUCUUUAGAGUGGAUGUCAUUAGCUGCCUCUAUAAACUGACUCAAUACACCAUCUUCUGGUGAGAAAUCGUUCUGCAGGACUAAACUCAAGUUGGAAAACGAGUAGCUUUUGGUCGAUGCGCCAUAUGUAAAAUUUGUAAUACUACAAAUUGCAUCCUGAAGGAAGGUUUGUAAUAAAAUAAAAUUAGCAUUUGCAUCUCUGUGUACCCUAAUAUUACAUUAAAUAUCAGCAAUGCGUGUUUGUUAGCUGGUUAUGGAGCUCUCUUGAUUUUAGUCUUCAAACAACUUUUUGGGAAGUUUAUUUUUGUCCUUUCUCAGAUCACAUUUAGGACAGAGAGGAAUCUUCAACUUUGACCAUGGAGAAAAUCCCUUAGUUUUUAAAACUUCACUACCAGACGACCCAUUCAUGACGAAUAGCUCCCACAACGUUGAAAUAUGAAAAUGAUGGGUACAAAUUCCAUAGCAUUUCUCAUUUAUUUCUAGUUGAUUACUGCAAUAAAAUCUCUUUAAAAGUGAUAUUUAGAUUAAAUGUGGUGAACAUCACAGAUUGAGCUUCUUGUUUUCAAGACUCAAACCUACACAGAACAACCGGAAGUCGUCAUGUCAGUUAUUUUCAUCUCUUAGAUCAUUUUAAUGCUUUUUUUUUUUUUUUUUUUGUGAAAUUGUAUUUUAUCUUAAACACAGCAUGUUUAAAUGGAUUUGCUAUAUUUCAUUUUUUUGUCAUUUGUGUUUUCAAAGUCUUUUUAGAAAUGUAAACAACACAACAAAUUACGAUACGAAUUCACACUAGAAUUCAGCUUUUCGGCCCUUUAAAAUACACCACAAUCAUUUCAUUCAACAUCAGUUUAAAUAUAGCAUUUUUAGAGUUUAAUUAUUGUAAACCACAAAUUUAUGUUUGUGAAAACAUUUCAAAUGUUAGUGGGAGAUUUGUUUUAGAUUUUUUUUUUUAAAUAAGAUUUUUUUUGUGUAGUUAUCUUAUUUCAUAGUAUCUUAAAUUAGAUCCUUUCCAUUUUACCAGUUUAUGUAAUGUGAAUGAUUUUUGGUUGUGAAAUCUUUUCCUCAAAGUCCACAGGAAAAAAAACAGUUCUUGAAGUGUGAAGACACAAAAUCAAAUCUUAAAACAAUGUAUAUCUAUUUUAUUGCUCUCAGCCACUGAAUAUUGGUUCGCUCUGACUUCAGUAACAUCACCUUUAACUAGAUUUUCUUGCUUCUUUGAGUUUUUCUGAUGAUUAACCCUUCUCAUCUCCAAAAUAUUGGUUUCCUGUCACAAUUACUAAACUCAGAACCAGUCAGGUUUUUUAAUGUCUGAACCUCCCAGAAACCACCAAGAGCGUCUUUAUGUUGCUUUCUCCCGGCAAACUCGAGCUUCCUACGACUGGCUGAACUGAAAGUGAACUCUUGUUACUCUCCUUU